GUGAGGGAAACGCUCACGCGCUCUGCUGUCAGGAGGUAAAUGUAUCGCUUGUGGCACGUCACUAAAACAGCACGUGUGAAUGUGUCGGUUUCAUCCCGUGUAAACAUGUCGGUAACGUCCACUCAGUGUGACACGAAGAACAACAACAGGUCGAUUCACUCGGACAGCGUGGAGGAGGUUCAUAACGUCCCGAUGCACGUCAUCAUCAGACCGAUCCCUCCGGUGCUGGAUGAGCUGAAAGUUCAGAGUAUCAUGAACACAAUAAAGGUAAUAAUGUUUUAUUUUGCACCUUUAAUCAUCGGUUUGUCUUUCCUUCAAGGCCGAGAGGGGGGAAACUACUACUACUCUUUUGGAGGCUGUCACAGGUUCGCUGCGUAUCAGAGGCUGAACAUGUCGACCAUCCCGGCCAAGCUCAUCAAAUCGAACAUCUCAGGCCUCAGCACUUACUUGGGGGCUUCGACGCCUGACCUGCGGUGACGCUGAAAAGGUGACACUGAGGCUUUGCUCGGGUGGUUCACACACACCAACACAGUUUUGACUCUUCUUUCACUUGGGGGACUGCAGAACAAAGCAUUUACCAGCAGGGGGAAAUGUAACUCUUUAGUUAAACACAUGACAUUUGUCAUUUCAAACCCCUGAAAUGUAAUUUGAAUUAAAUUUGUGCUUUUAUAAAUUAUACAUUUUUACCAAGUGGAUUACCUGUAAUUUAAUAGCUUUAUCCUUGUAAAAGCAAUUCAAAUGGUGAAUUCCCUGUGGGUACUUUAUUGUACAUUGCAGCGCCAUCUUGCUGUUUAUUUUUGUACAGCAAAUACAGAAUUUUCAUUAAUAAGAGGAUAUAGCUAAGUGACACUACACAGCAAGAACGGUGCCAAGUUUUUAGUCUUUUUUUCACUUUUUGACUUAUCAUAGUAGGAAAACUUAUACUUACUUAUAACAAUAAAAAUGUUUUUUGUUUUAUUCAAGUGUCCCGGUAAGCCAUGGCAGCCUGACAGUGAGCCAGCAUGCACAGCACUAGGACCUCAAAACCGAAGCAGAUUAAGGGUGUUCAGCUGUCAUUCAUUUUAUUAUCUACACCUGUGCUUUUCCUGCUGUGACAUCUCAAAAUGUGUUCUGUGAUAAAAUAUGUAAUUAAUCCACCAGUGGCUUUCCUUCAAGUGAACCUUUUGAGCUUCUUCUAUUGAGUUCUGGGAAAAUAUUUUAAAUGUUGUCAUAAAGUUAAGUUGUUUAGUCUAAAAUGAUAUCAAAAAACCCCUCUUUUUUUUAUGUACUAAAACUACUAACUAACUAUGACCAAAUGUUGCAACUAAGAAGCCAAACUUUAUGAAAUGUUACGCACAGUCAACUUUGAUUGUGACGUUCAGAUGGCUCAAUAAGGUAACAGAGAGGCGCCUAUAGAGCAGAUGGUUUGCAGAAGGAGUCAGGUGUUACUUAUGUCAAAACGCAAGAUGUUGUCGCUGAGUUUGCUCCUUCCUGUCAUCAGUCUUUCUCACUCGUCGUCUCUAUUUCCUUCAACCUUCCUGAACCAAAACCAUUUCUCACUUCUUUGAAGUGCCAUCAGACAAAAUCAUUUCAUAUAUUUUUGUAAAAAGUACUGAUUCAUAGCUUACUCUUCGUACUAUAGUGAUACUUUAAGAGUAUAAAUGCAUUCCACUUACAGUAAAUAGCAUGCACAGCCAUCAUGUGGCUUCCUAAAACAUGCAACAAUGAUGAUUGAGUAAUCUUGACGCACGUUUGUUGUUGUUACCGACCUUGAGACUCGACCUGCUUAUUGAAUCAAGUCAGUUCCUGAGCCCCUCUGUCUUGGAGGAAGGAACUGUAGGUUUGCAUAAUUAUGAAAGUAAACCAUACAUCACAAGGCAGUGCGCAGAGACGAGGCCUUUCCGACAUCAACGCCUUCACAAUGCGAGCCCAGAGCCGCUUAAUGGCCUCCCUUUGUGGCCACCGAGGAAAUGGAAGGGAGACCCGAGGGCAGCUUUUACCGACCGACCCUGCAGGACUCUAAAUGUCUCUUCUGAAUCGUCGCGUGUGAGAGGACUUCCUGUGGCUCGCUCACUGUCUGGAAGUAACCAUAUCCUCAAAGGCAUUUUGACACGCAACACCGGUAUGAAAAAAUACAUUGCACCUGUUGCUUCUGGGAGCGGUUUUUCAUGGGUGGUUCUGUACGCUUUAUCUUUGAGGAUUUAACCAGAUCAAGGGGGUUUAGGGGGCUAAGAAGAGGAAGUGUUUGUGGCCAUUUUCAUAAAUGGAUUGUGGCCGUGUCAAUUCUCAUAUAGCUUCUUUUUUUUUUUUUGGCUGUUUUACUCAAUGAUGACUGAACAAAUUAUGACUGCUUUGUGUUUGGAGACGCCUCUUUGAUGCUUUAAGCAGUUUGAUUUGUUCUGCUCAGUAUAGUUUAUCUGCUGCAACAUCACCAAAUAACUGAAUUUAUAUUUUACAUUUUUGUUACCAAGAAGAAAGUUUUUUUGGUUUUUUUUCUUGAAUGCAACAUUUUGGAGUGAUUCUGACAGUAUACUUCAAACAUGUUUUUACUUUGUUCUUGGUAUUUUCUUUGGCCCUCUGGAGGCUGUGGGGCUGCAAGCAGCAACUUAGCUUGUGCAUCCUGUGGACAAGGUGUUAUAUGUUGAUUGAUUGUGUUUGGUGAUGCAGAGAGGAUCACUUACUCCUCUACAAGAACUCACUAAACUACCUGCAGUAGUUUAGUGAAUUGCUGAAAAAUGGUCUGUUUGUUUUUACUAUAAGCAGUGUGAAAUAAAGGGCACAAAUCAGCCCGUUGUUUACAAUCUCUUUAAAAUUUUACAAGCCUGCCUUUUCAUUCUUUUUUUUUUUUUUUUUCUUUUUUUUUAUGGCAGAUUUCUCUUGGGAUUUAUAAUAGUUUUAAAAGAAUGUAAUAGAAAGAGCUUUUCCCGUCUGUCUUCUAAUCACUGCUGAGGCGAUAAAGUGGCAGAAUAAAAGUACCUUACAAGAUCGUAAUCAUUUUGUUCUGGCUCUCUCUCCUGUAGAGUCCGUCUACAUUUAAAUUACAGCUAAAAAAUGAUCUCUGGUUAGCCAGCUCACCCAUUUGUUCCACUUGGGGGGGCAUUACAACCAAAUCCUCUUGAAAGAGCUUAGGUGUUUGAGGCAAUGGUGACUUCUCACAGCUUCCUAUCCGGAAUUCCCUCAGACUACCGGUGGCUGCCGGCGUGUAAUUUGUGCCAGAUUUGCAAUGCCGUAUCCACCCUCUGACCUCACCACUAUGUGCUCUGUGCAGUGGACGAAGCAUUCAGAUCCUUUACAGAUGUAAAAGUACUAACAAAACACUAAAAAUACUCCAAUACAAGUCCUGCAUUGAAAAGUAUAUAAGUGUAUUCAGGAAAAUGUACUUACGUUAUUAAAAGUAAGAGUUCUUAAUGCAGAAAAAUGUCCCCCGUGACUGUUAUACUAUUCUAUAAUUGGAGUGGAGCUUAUUUUAAACUAUUUUGUAUCGGAUCACCACUAAUCUGUUGAUUAUCUUCUUGAUUGUUCCAUUUGUGUAGUGAGAAAUGCUGUCACAAUUACCCAGACACCUUCACAAUGCGUUUUGUCCAAACGUCAAAACCAUUUGAAACAAUUUGAAAAAAAAUAAAACAAAACAUGGCAGGGACCAUGAAAUGUUUUCCUUUUUUUACAUGAAAAAUGAUUUACAAAAGUGUACAUGAGGUAUAAUAGCAGUAGGUUGUAUUUCCACACAUGCAUCAAACUUGCCCUUCCAAGACUAAAAGGGCUGGUUGACUCAUUAGAAGGCAUCGUCUGUGGCCAAACAUAUUAUCAUGGACCUCACGUCAGCUUUGUCCUCUUCAGUCAGCACUCGAUUGACUUCAGCUGAGCCCAAAGUCUGUGCCGUGACAUCACACAUCUGAGUCCACAUGCAACAACACAACAGCGAGACAAACUGCUCGGUCAGGCAGGUGGGUGAUUCACCGACAUGUUGACAUGUGUGUCUACUUGCAGCUGUCGCUAGGAGAUUAAGCCUGAUUAUUAAACAGUGCCUGAAUCAUGAUGUUACAGAUCCCCUCUACGAAUGCUAUGCUGAACAAGGACGAGGGAAAUAUGUGAUAGGCCGUUGUUUUAUUUAAUUUAUGAUAUUCCUUGGCUUUACCUCAAUAAAACGUUCACCUUCACCAUAACUAUUUGUCUGCAACACCUAAACCUUACCUAAACAUUACAUACACUGAGAAACAGGGGAGACAGACCUCCCAAAUCCCAUCAAAAGACCAUAACCAACGGUGAGUUAGACGCAUAAAAAAAUGGUCCUGAUUUUAUCUUUUCAAUCA